UUAUAACAUGAGACUGUAGCCAGCAGGGGUGAAUUACCCCAUCAGCAAGAACAGGCAUCUGUACUAUGAACUCACCUGUAGUGAGUACUUCAGUCUGCAACAGGACUGCAGUCAGUUCUGUGUGCGUCUGUGUGUGUUACCUUUUGUACCCGGUUCUGAAUAUGUGUACGAUGGCUCCUGAAUGACCGUUGCACUGCCAGUAGAGAGCGUAUGCAAGUGUGGGGGUACUUUCAGCAACUUCAUAUCCUUCCUUUUUGUAUACAGUUUUUCUAAGACACUGGAGAAAUACGCAAGAAGUAAAAGGACAGGAGAAUGCUGUGUAGGAGGUGCAGGAGGUCCAGCAGUAGCUGAAAUCUCUUCCUCUGGGACCACUGCUGCCCCUCCUGUGGGAGGAGCUGCUCAGAUUGGAGCAGGUGUCUUGCCAGAAGCUGGAGCACAGCAAGACGAAGAUUUUGAUUCCCUGUCUGACUUUGAGACGGAUUCCGAAGGUCCAAUGGAACCGCUGGAUGCCAUGCUGCUUCCACCUGCAAAUCGACAAGGACCGUGUGCGCAGCCUGUUGCAGAGGAGCGCCACAAUGCAGCAGGAGCAGCACAAGAAGACGAAGAAGAAGAGGAAGAAGAAGAAGAAGAAGAGGAAGAAGAAGAAGAAGAUUUUGACUCCUCUUCUUUGGAUGAGGUUUGUGCACUGGAGAGAGAAGAGCUUCCACUCAAGAAAGAGGCUUCAACGCAAACCGAUCGUCAAGGCAACAGUCAGGUGACUCUUAGGGCCUGGUGCAGAUAUCUGUACAUGAAGCCUGUCAGUUUAAGGAGACCUGUUCUUGCUACUGCAUUCCUUUUGGAGUGCUGCUGAGAGGCAGUUUUUGAAUCAGGACCUGAAGUCUAUUUCGGACCUAAUUUUGUACCCGCUGUGAAGCAGAAGUGCUGCAUAAAGAGGGAAAACAGUCAGUUAGAAAUAAGGCGGUGGCACAGACUCUCAGCCUCUGCUCCGAGGAGGAAAAUACGGAAGCCUUUUCUGUGUAUUAGGAAAGAGAAAGCAUCAUGAUGAGCUGCCGAUAGUUUGGAUGUGCUCAACUGAGAAAGGUGCCAGCAGGUGCCUGCUGGUGGUGGCCAAAAUCUCUCAUCUUUGAAUUCACUGAGUCAUAGAAGCAUAGAAUGGUUUGGAUUGGGCAGGUCCUCUAAAGAUCAUUUAGUCCAACGCCCUGCUGUGGGCAGGGACAUCUUCCAGAACAUCACGUUGCUCAACACCCUGUCCAGCCUGACUUUGAACAAUUCCAGAGACGGGGCAUCCACAAUUCUCUGGGCAGCCUGGUCCAGUGUGCCACCACCCUUGUUCCAAACCUCUGAUCAUUUCUGUGGCCCCCCUCUGGACCCACUUGAACAGGCCCAUGUCUUCCUUGUGCUGGGGACCCAAGAGCUGGAGGCAGUAGUCCAGGUGGGGCUCACGAGAGCAGAGCAGAAGGGGAAAAUCACCUCUCUCCACCUGCUGGCCAUGCUGAAGAUCAAUCUAAUGAUCUGAUCCCAUGACUAAAAGCAUGUGUCCUGUUGUCAUCUUCUACUGACUUCUCCAUGCUCAUGCAACACCAUUUCUUUAGCAAUGGGUCACGUGGCUGCAGCAGGAGCUAUCCAAUGCUCUCAGAAAAAACUCCGUGGCAGAAGCUUCACUUGAAGCUGAGAGGCGCUACAGCAGGAACCUGCAGGAACAGAAACUGCAGCUGCAGAAGGAACUGGAGAGUUCUAAAUCUCAGCUGCAGGAAUUGCAAGAACGGCUUAUCCGGACCGAGUGUUAUGCCGAGUCCCUGGAGAAUGCCAUAAAGGAUAAGGAGCAGGAGCUAACAGCUGCCAAGAACCUGCAGAGCCUUCUGGCCACAUCUGCUGGAACUGCAGCUAUCCCAGAGCUGGAAGAACACGUGCAACAGCUCCAAGUUGGAAUGGCCACGCUGGAAGCCACAGCCCAGCAACAAGCCAAGACCAUUGAAGCCAUUCAGAAAGACCUGCAAGCCUCUGCCUCAAGUGGGAGUGAAAGCAGGGAAUUGAAGAAGCCAUCUAAGAAGAAACAGCAGCUGAUAAAUGCAAUCUUGAUGGCUGCCCAGCUUGCGGAUUUCCACGGAAGUGAGUAACUUUACAGCUCACUCUUUGACUCGCGUUUUUUUGCCGCCUACAAGUUGUUGACAUUUCCCAACAGCUGGAGAAGCACUUGAAACAACCCAUGAAGCAGGCAAGAUAAACCCAGGACCUGUGAGAAGUUUUUCCACUUUGCCUGGGACUCAGGGAGAGCCAGUCCAGAACCUGGCCUCAGAAGCAUUUGCGGCUCCCUCGUUGCUGCUCUGAACCUCUGCCAUGAGCAAUAAGAAGAUGCUGGAGCAGAGGAAGUGUCGCUGCCAGGCCACAGAGAGCACACAAGGGACAGGAAUGAAGCCUGCAGAUCUUUACAUUCCACCUUGUGCAGCCAUUGCCCAGCAUCUAGUUCCAGUUGUUCUGUUGCAGCUUGCUGUUUAAUAAACUGUGUUGCCUUAUCUGUGUCUUUGUUUUCACAGAAUCACAGAAUCGAAUGGGUUGGAAAAGACCUGAGAGUUCAUAGAGUCCAACCCUUGGUCCAACUCUAGUCCGUUUACUAGAUCAUGGCACUAAGUGCCAUGUCCAAUCUCAGUUUAAAAACCUCCAGGGACGGCAAGUCCACCACCUCCCUGGGCAGGCCAUUCCAAUGCCUGAUCACUCUCUCUGUAAAGAAUUUCUUUC